GCUAACUUUUCCAAUUAGUAUGAACCAUAUACUUCAACGUCAGUGGCCCAAACCUGACCGAGUCAAAGUAAACUGUAUUGUUCAUCAAUCACUGUGAACAGAAUUUCGAAGAAAUUCCACAUUCUGUUUACUACUACUAUAUAUAUCAUGGUGUAUGAAGAAAUUACUCAAAAUUCUUUACUACUUUAGAGAUAAAAUUAGUCUUCAAGCAUGGCAGAUUUCUUAGUGAUUUUGAGGUUAUAUGUUGUGCUUCAUGUGCUUCUUCAUGCACAUGCCUGUUGGGAAGAAGAAAAAAUUGCUCUCUUGAAACUCAAAGAUGCAUUCAACUACCCAAAUGGGACUGCUCUUUCGUAUUGGGGCGGCGAAGAAAGAGAUUGUUGUAAGUGGAAAAGGGUUGGUUGCAGUGAAUUGACGAAGCAUGUGAUAAAACUUUCACUCAAUAAUACCCAAGAUGAGUGGGGGGCCAACAACUACGGUUUCUUCCUGGAAUCCUCUUUAUUUCAUCCCUUUGAGGAGCUGCGUGAGUUAAGAUUGGAUGGAAACUACAUUGAAGGCUUUAAUGGAGUGCUGAGAUUAAAACAAUUACAAAUGUUGGAUCUGAGUUUCAACGCGCUCACGAAAAUUCCAUCCGUCUGUGGCAUGGCGUCUUUGAAGUUUUUGAACUUUAGAGGCAACAAUCUGAAAAAUUGGUCCUCAUUCCAAGAGUUGACAACUUUGAGGGGCCUGGAGAUGCUUGACUUGAGUUAUAAUCUGAUUGCUGGUGAGGUACCUCCAUCUCUUGGGGCCAUGACAUCUUUAAAGGGCUUAUCAUUUAGUCACAAUCAAUUAAGUGGCUCUUUCCUGGAGGAAGGUUUAUGUAAUUUGAAAAACCUCCAAGAGUUGGAUAUUAGCCGAAACAGCUUCAACGAAUCUAUUCCUCCAUGUAUCAGCAAUUUAACAUCCCUUCGUCUCCUCAAACUUUCUGAAAAUAACCUUUCGGGAACCAUUCCUUCUGAUCUCCUUAGGCUCAAGUCCCUCGAAUACCUUUCUCUUUUUCUGAACCAUUUUGAAGGGUCCAUCUCAUUGAGUUUAUUUGCUAACAACUCCAAUCUUGAGGUUCUUGAACUUGAUAGCCUUAACAACGAGUUGCAUGUACACACAGAAAAUACACCCUGGAAACCUCUAUUUCAGCUAAAAGUCCUACGACUAUCAAACUGCAAUCUCAAUGAGCAAAGUAGAUCUAUUCCGAGCUUUCUUUUGACCCAGCAUGAUUUAAGAGUUGUUGACCUCAGUUACAAUUCCAUGGUUGGAAAGCUUCCCACUUGGUUACUAAAAAACAACACAAGAUUGAAGUUCCUUAAUCUCGCACAUAACUCAUUCACAGGUCAAUUUGUGUUACCUGUUGAUUCUAAAAAUCUUGAUUUGUCUUGGCUUGAUGUGUCUAAGAAUGAUUUUCAAGGAACGCUUCCAGCAUCCAUUGGCCAUAUUCUCCCAAAUUUGCGGUAUUUGAACAUGUCUAGGAACUCAGUUCAAGGUAACAUUCCUCAUUCAAUCGGCAACAUGAGUAAGUUAAUGUUACUGGAUCUAUCGAACAACAAUUUCACUGGAGAAUUACCUGAACGCUUGGUUAUGGGCUGUAACCGAUUACUUACACUGAAGCUUUCACAUAAUAAUCUGCAAGGCCAGUUAUUUCCCAAAAAAUGGAACCUCACAUCGCUCUUCUUUUUGAAUUUAGAUAGUAAUUUCUUUUCAGGGCAGUUGUUACCUGGACUUCUUACAAGCUCCAACUUGCAAGUGUUAAAUCUAAGCAAUAACUUGAUCUCGGGAAAAUUACCUGAUUGGAUAGGGGAAUUUUCUUUCCUUGUAUUCCUCGGUGCGUCCAGAAACUUUUUCAAAGGUCCUAUACCAGUGGGAUUUUGCAAACUUGUUAAACUGACAGUAUUAGACCUUUCAUGGAAUAGUCUUUCUGAUAAAAUACCUCCUUGUUUCAAUUUAUCAUCACUAAGAUAUUUAAGCCUUCACAAAAAUGAACUGUCAGGACCUUUGCCAGGAGCUCUUUAUAGAUCAUCUUCCCUUGUGACACUGGAUAUUGGGGAUAAUAAACUAUCAGGGGAAAUUCCAAAGUGGAUCAACCUACUCCCAAAUUUGAGGUUUCUUUUAUUAAAUAGAAACAAUUUUGUAGGUUCAAUUCCUUUUCAGCUAUGUCAGCUUCACAACAUCCGCAUACUGGAUCUUUCUUUCAAUAACAUUUCUGGUCUAAUACCUUCAUGUUUGAAUGAUAUACCAUUUGGUCAUCGAAAAGAACAUGAUCAAACAUUUGAAAAUAUGGUAUUUGAGUUGGGCCUUGGUAGACCCUUGAACUACGAAUAUGAAAGCAUACUUCGUAUAGACCAAUCUGGUAUGGAUCUAUUUCACUCAUCACAUGUGGUAGAAAUAGAAUUUAUCUCAAAGAGUAGGCCUCAUUCAUACAAAGGAAGCAUCUUGGAUUUCAUGUCGGGGAUCGAUUUUUCUAGGAAUGGAUUAACAGGUCCAAUUCCUUCUGAACCUGGGUUCCUAAGUGAUAUUCAUACUUUAAAUUUAUCACAUAAUCAACUGAAUGGAUCCAUUCCAAGGACAUUUUCCAACAUGAAGCAAAUAGAAAGCUUGGACUUAUCCAACAACAAGUUGAGUGGUGGAAUUCCCCCGGAUUUGGUUCAGUUAAACUUUCUAUCGGAGUUCUCAGUGGCAAACAACAAUUUAUCAGGACGUGCACCAGAUAGGAAGGCUCAGUUUGCAACAUUUGAUGCUAGCAGCUAUGAAGGCAAUCCUUUUCUUUGUGGAUUACCUCUCCAGGAAAAUUGCCGAAGGUGCACAGGCACAGUUUCAGAUCUGAAUCCAGGAGAUCCAGGAGAAACUGAUGAUCUGUUCGAAGAUUCCUUUUUCGAUACUUUUGUUCCAUCAUGCGUUGUGGCAUUCCUGGGAGUUGCUGCAUUUAUCUACUUCGACUCCACUUGCAGAAUGAUUUUUCAGUUUAUUGAAGAAAAAUUCUUAUCUUCCAGAUAAAUUUGCCUAGUUAUUUAUUGUACAUGAUGAAAUAAGUAACUGAGUGUGUUCAAGAUUGUAGUAAGAAAAACAUACUACCUUUUAAGCGAUACUUUUGAAAUUUCAGCAGUAUCUUCAGGGACCUAUGUGUUUACUUCUAUGGAUGCAUGGGUGAAAAUGUUAUAAAGCUCCUUUUAAAUCUUUCAUAAUAUCUAUAAUUAAAAGGUGAGAAUAUGCAUUGUAGAACAAUGACAAGCAACAAGAGUUGUAAGUAUACUGUUUAAUUUUUAUAUCCUCCUUUUUUAGUUAUGACUGUAAGAAUCUGCAUGAUUUCCCGUUCAAAUUAAUCUGCUAUCAAGCAAGCAACCUGAAUCAAGUUUCAUGGCAUUUAAACGUGCAGAUUUUGCUAUCAUAAACUUGUGUAGUAGUAGGGAUUGAUCCUUUUGUUCAUGAAAUGUUUUCUUUUCCGGACCAAGUUCAGCAGAAAAACAUUUAUUCAGUUGAAGCUAUUAGAUUCUUGUUAUUGGUGUGUCCAAACCAAUCUUAGUGCCUGAAUCUGAAUGUCCUUAAGUAAAGGAGCUGAAGUUAGCUGAAUCUUAGUGAAGACAGUUGACAUUCCCGGGUAAAAAUUAACAAGUAGAGAUAAUCUGGAUAUGACAUGUAUUCUUGAAGGAUCAGAUAAGAGUGUGGGAACAUUUUUGGAGGAUUAAGCAACAUAGCUUCCACCGUAUUGUCCUGUUUCUUCAGUGCCCAUGCAUACGUCGCUGAAGUUCUUACAAUGAUGUUUAUCUAGCACCUUGAGUUGCUUCUGAAAGCUUGCGUGCCCCAUCACGUCUCUUACCAUCCAUACAAUGAGAUAACAACUCAUGCUUGCUUAUCUAUUGUAGCUAUACAUAUAAUUGCUUCAAGGAUUCUCAGAGAAUUUCAUAGGAGCUAAGUAGCUGCUUCUCUAAUGAUGAAGGUUCAAUUUGUUGUAGUACCUGUGGAAUUACUUCUUGUUGUUUGGAUGCUGUAAGAUAUUUCUACUCUUCUAUGUCUUUGCUUUGUUUUUCCUUUUUUUGUUCUAUGUAUUCAUCAAUUUUUCAUCAAAUUUAAUUAGGAUACUUUGUACCUAGGUGCGAAUUAUCUAAUCUUCGAUGUAACUUACCAUUUAGAGCGUGAUAUUGUAUCAUAAACACAUAGCAUUUGAGGCUUCGCAAUGUGAGAUCUAGGCUUUUAUUUCCCCUUUUUA